AUGGUGUUGUUGACCGACCUGCCAGCCGAACUUCUCGAGAAAAUACUCGAGCAAGUCGUCCACCUCCACCAGGCCGACCAACACCACCCACAUCGCUGCCUCGAGUAUUGCCCCAUCUGCGAAUCCGGUGAGGGAAGCCAGGAUAUCCGUCUCAAGGCAAGAGCUAACCUGGAAUCCAAACAGAAAUAUCACUCUACCUUCACGCUGCCUAGUCCUACCUACAUGACGCCCAGAGCUACUACCCCAGAGGCUCUGCCAUCCAAUCCACUACUACCACUCUGCUUGGUCAACCGCACCUUUGGAAAAUGUGCCCAGCAGGCGCUCUUCACACAUGUCACCUUACUCAAUCAGUGGCAGGCCCAUCUAUUCUGCCAGACACUCACUAGCCCAUCCCUCACUCAGAACGCUUUAUCAUCUCCGAUAGACGACCAACAUCCGCCGGCCAGCCUUGCUCACCAGGUUCGCUCGCUUCAGUUCAAAUUCAUUGGUCCGUGUUCGAUGGGAAGGGGCGGCGGCUCUCUGAUCUGCGAGAUCAUCCGCAGCUGUCCGGUACUUGAAAACAUCACCAUGGCCACCUCGCUCUUGACUCGCUGUCAAGAGCCCCUCCUGGACGCCCUUGCCAGUCGACCGUUCAUUGAGAAGGUUGUUCUUGGUCAUCUCCAUCAGGGGAAACAUCGCACACAUCGUUCUCAUAUCUAG